AUGUCGACAGCCAAGGUGAAGACCGGCCAACUCUGGGGCAAGAACAAGGAGGAGCUCACCAAACAGCUGGAUGAGCUGAAGACUGAACUCGGCCAGCUCCGUGUGCAGAAAAUCGCUGGAGGUGCCGCCUCCAAGCUCACCAGAAUUCACGAUCUGCGUAAGUCGAUCGCCAAGGUCCUUACCAUCAUAAACGCCAACCAGCGCUCGCAACUGCGCCUUUUCUACAAGAACAAGAAAUACCUUCCCCUCGACCUCAGGCCAAAGCAGACUCGUGCCAUCCGAAGACGGUUGACGAAGCAUGAAGCAUCGUUGAAGACGGAGAGGCAGAAGAAGAAGAUGGUGCAUUUCCCUCAGCGGAAAUAUGCUGUGAAGGUACGAUGA